GAGUCUUAACCUCUACAUACCCAAACUUGAAUUUAAAUUUUGUUUCUGCAUAUAAUUUUGACUCCAUGUUCCUACAUACCAUUUUAAUGUCGGAAGUUGGGAAGGUGUUUCGACAGUAUUUUUUUUGUUAUAACUGCUGAUUUUUGGGUCAACUAGGCUUCUCUCUUCCGAGUAAAGCCUAGGAGGAAUAUAAUAACUUCCGUUCUUAUUUAUUCUAAGAACAUCAUCAACUUCAAGAUGUUAUACAUAUUCCAUGUAGAUACCGGUCGGAUGAUGACCUUUGAUAUGAAUUUGGCAUUAGAGAGUGUGUCUCUUCUAAAAGAAAUGAUACAAAAAACGUGCAAUAUUCCACAAAAUACUCAAGUGCUUUUGGUUAGUGGUGGAGAAGUCUUGAUCGACAACAAUCGUGUUUGCAGCUAUUCGGCUGGCACUGACACUAAUCCUAUAUAUAUGUUUAGUACUUCUAUCAUAGAUGAUACAAUACCACCGGAACCAAGUGUUGAUUAUGGGCAAGAUCGUGAUCUUAGUGAGGAAGUAGAAUCUUGCAUGUCUCUUCCGCCAACAUACAGCACUGUUGUCACGCGGGUACAGUUAGCUCAGCGCUUUUAUGAAUUGGCUAGAGAGCAGGAAAGAGUAUGUCAAAAAUUAGUUCAUGAUCAACAUUUGCAACAACAAGGCUGGGCCGCUGUUGUUGCUAAUAUGGAAGAUAUUACAGAAGAAUUCACGGAACGUGCAGCUAAUUUUAAUAAAAAUUUUGCAGAACAUUUGGAGAAAAGGGAAACCUAUUUAAAAUUCUUGUCACACUUUCGAAAUGAUCUGGAUACCUUAUCACGAAUACCAAUAUUACCUGCGCUAGCUGUUAAUUGUAAAGAACCCUUCACAGCAUUUGAUGAAGAGGAUCAACAAAAAACUAAAGAAGCUGUAACGUUACUUCAUUGGAUAGCUGCUAAAGAAAACCAAAAAUCUUUGGAACGAAUUGCAAUUCAAUGCACUAAGGGUUUAGAUCUUUUUGAUGAUGAGAUUCUAAAUUCUAUGAGAGUUGAGUGCAAAAAUGCAGUAGAUAAAGCACAUCAGCCAGGUAUGAGAGAAAUUAAAGGCUUAGGUGAUCGUUUGUUUGGUUUAGAACAACUAAUGCAAGAAACAAAACGAUGUGUGCAAGAACAGAGAGAAUUAGCGCAAGCAUUUUUAGCUAAUCAAAAUAGAGCAAGUCAUUUAGGUGAUACUUCAAUCUUGCCCGAUUUGUGUAUGUCACAUCAGAGACAAUUAAAAGUAAUGCUAUCGAACCAUCAACAAUUGAGAGAUAUUAGAAGGCGAUGUACCAAGGCAAAAGAAGAACUUGGCUUAAAUUUAUACCAUAGAUUAAAAUGGAUUGUUUAUGUUGAAAAUCGGAUGUUCGAAGCUGACAACCGACUCAUGUUUUACCAUAGAUCAUUAAAUAGAUUACAAAGGCACUUGAGUAUAGUUGAACAAAUUCAUCAAGCUCCCAGUAUGUAUAUGCAAGCUAUUAACGAGGUUGUUCGAAGGCGUACAUUUUCUCAGGCCUUUCUAGUGUGGGCUUCUGAUCUCGCCUGCCAUUUAUUGACCAUACAUAAUGAAGAAGUGAUGAGGAGACAAGAAUUUUCAACCAUGUUUGAAGGUCAUUUUCUCAAUGCCUUAUUUCCUGGAAUGGAAGAUUUACCACCGUCAUUUGCCACAAGAGCACCUUCUAUAUUUGACACGGGUUUGCCAAAAAUUACUCAAGCUGAUGUUCAACAUCUUGGAACAUUGCACCCCGAUUUAGUACUAGAGAGUUCUUUACCUGAUUUAACUUCAGUUCUCAAUUUCUUUUUAGCCAGAUCUGGCACUGCAAAAUCGCAAGAUAAAUCUGGAACUGUUGAAGAAAGAUUAGCGACUGUAGCAGAUGCAGCAGGAUUAAGCACUAAUUUGAUUUGUACUCCAGAAAAUAUUACAGAACAGACUGUAGGAUUUCUCACAACAUAUGCACAACAUCAGCAUCUCAAAGAUUUUGAACGGGGUUUUGAAUCAGAAACUGAUACUGAAGAAUUUGAAAAGGUUGGCCAAAGUCCUAUUGACUGCAAUGCUGGACUGGUUCUCCCGUCAGCAGCUGGUCAUGCUGGUCCUGUUCAUCAACAUCUCGCUAGCCAUAAUGUUCUUCAAGUUGCUGACGUAGCGGCGGCCUAUCCACAACGGCCCUUUGUGGCCGCCAUGAUCACAGGCAUAGGUUCAUUACAGUCGUAA